AUGAAAAGGGCAUUUGAGGAGGCCAAAUUAGAGGACACGAAAGAAGAUGUGGAAGAGGAGCAGUUGUCCAAGAAGCCGCCUUUGGAGCUGAACGAUGCUCUUUUGGACAUUCUACUCCCUGAGGGCUACAAGAUCGUGCCGGUACCGGAAAAUUAUGAGCCGAUAACAAUUGGCGCCAAUAAGAUGAAGGAAACCCCCAAAAGUAAUGGGUUUACGAUGGUAGUUGCCGACCCAGUUGUAGAGUCAAUCCCAAUUGUUCCUGAGGAUGUUCCAGAUAUUGGUGCUUUGCAGUUUUUCAAGGAAGCUGAUGCGGAACAUUUUAAAGCCCUUGUUGGUGCAAAGGACAUUGAUUCACAAGAUUUGAAAGUUUUAAAACUAUUACUGCGCAUAAAAAACGGCGUACCCACUGUAAGAAAGCAGGCAAUGCGUCAAAUCACCGAGGAGGCGCGGGCGAUUGGUGCCCCCACAUUGUUUGGACAAAUUAUACCUCUCUUGAAGACUGCAUCGUUGGAUGAAAAAGAGCGACAUCUUUUGAUCAAAGUCUUGAGUCGUGUACUGUUUCAGCUCCAAUCAUUGGCUGCUCCGUUUACCCACAAAAUUUUGGUCGUGGUUCAGCCGCUCCUGGUUGAUGCUGAUGUUAUUGCGCGGAAAGAAGGCCGUGAAGUGAUUCUAAGUCUUUCUGAGGCUGUGGGGCUGAAAACAAUGCUUUCCACUUUGAGAUCAGAUAUCGAUCACCCUGACGAGUUUGUGCGAAACACCACGGCCGAGUCGUUAGCCAUUGUUGGCCAAGCACUGGGCAUCCAAAGAUUACUUCCGUUUCUGGCCGCUGCUGUGCGUACCCAGGAUUCUUGGCAUGCUAAAUUCACUGGUCUAAGGACGAUACAUUAUCUUGGACGGUUGGUUGGCUGUGCUGUUUUGCCCUAUUUAACAGGACUUGUUGCUGUCUCCGUUGUAGGAUUGAACGACGGCCACCCCAAAAUUCGUUCUGCCGCUUGUAUUGCUUUAUCUACUUUGGCAGAAGCUUCAAGUCCUUAUGGUAUUGAAGCCUUUGAAAUCGCAAUGGAACCUCUUUGGGUUGGUGUGAGGCAUUAUAGAGGUAAAGCUCUCGCAGGAUGCCUCAGAGCACUCGGUGCCUUGGUGCCACUAAUGGAUCCAGAAAGCUCAAAGUUUUACACAAAAAGAGUUUUAGAAGUGGCCAUCAAGCAAUUUCCCGCAUCGGAAGAUGAAAUGCGUAAAGUCGUUCUGCAGGUCGUUCGCAAAUGUUGCGCGUCUGAUGGACUUGAGCUUAGCCAAAUUCGCGAUGCUCUCCCUGAUUUCUUCCAAAACUUUUGGAUACGUCGGAUUGCAUUAGAAAAGCGAUUAGCGUGGCUCGUUGUUGAAACAACUAAUGAUAUCGCGAGUCGUGUAGGGACCGCACGAGUAGUUGAGCAAAUUGUUGAACGUCAGGCUUUGACAGACUCUGCAGAAAAAUUGCAAACAAUGGCCUUUGACGCGAUCAAGUCUAUCGCUCAACUUGACUCGUUGGUUGAUAUUUCCGAGCGCCUAGAGCAACGCCUUGUCGAUGCUUUAGUGACCGCUUUAGCGCAUCGAUCUACGAUAAACAGAGCUUUUAUUAAGGCAUUUUCUGAAGUUUUCAAAGCUCUUGGGCCUAGAGCAAGGCCUUAUCUAGGAUCAUCGGUAACUGAACUGCUGAAUCAAUUGAAUAAGCCCGUUCCAGAGCUGCGACAGCAAGCUUCAUUGAUUAUUGGCAAUAUCGCAAACACAAUUCAAAUUGCCGGAGAAGAAACUUUUUUGCUUCAGUUAAGUGCAGUCUUAUAUGAGCAGCUUGGUGAAGAGUAUCCCGCAACCCUUGCAGCUGUUCUAUCUGGAAUCAAAGGUAUUGUUUCUGUUGUUGGGCUCGAGCAUCUUCAACCACCGGUCAGUGACCUCUUACCGCGCCUCACACCGAUUUUACGGAACCCACAUGAACAAGUUCAAGAAAAUUGUAUUAUUUUGGUUGGCCGGAUUGCCGACCUAGGUGCUGAAUAUGCCAACCCUCGUGAAUGGAUUCGUAUUUGUUAUGAACUUCUUGAACUUAUGAAAGCUUCACGAAUGAGUAUUCGUCGAGUGGCCAACGAUACGUUUGGUUACAUUGCCAAAGGUAUUGGCCCUCAGGACGUUUUGGCUACUUUGCUUAGCAAUUUGCGGGUGCAAGAACGUCAAAGUCGAGUAAAUACAGCCGUUGCUCUUGGCAUUGUUGCCAAUGUGUGUGAGCCUUUCACUGUAUUGCCAGUGCUAUUGAAUGAAUAUCGGGCUCCAGAUCAAAAUGUCCAGCACGGCGUCUUGAAAGCGUUGGCUUUCAUGUUUGAAUACAUUGGUCCCCAGGCAAAUGAUUACCUCCAUUCAGUUGUCUCUCUAAUUGACCACGCACUUACUGAUAAAGAUCAGGUACAUCGACAGAUUGCGGCUUCUGCAGUGAAGCACAUUGCGCUCGACUGCCAAGGUAUGGAUCACGAAGAUGUCAUGGUGCACUUUCUGAAUGAGCUUAUUCCCAACAUUUUCGAGACGUCUCCUCAUCUUAUUGAUAGAGUGAUGGAAGGAAUGGAGGGUCUGAGGAAUGCUCUGGGUCCUGGCAUAUUUUUGUCGUAUAUCUGGGCAGGACUCUUCCACCCCGCUCGCAAAGUACGAGAGACAUAUUGGAUCCUGUACAACUCGACAUAUAUUCAAAGCGCCGACGCCAUGGUCCCUUACUACCCGGUAGAUGUUCCUGAAAUGGACGUGUGGAUUUAG